AUGACUGAAAAUUAUUCACCUACCCCUGUCAGUGCAGAAAAUUUGGAAAUGAUAAACAAGAAGGGAUCAGAGCAGGAAAACAAACUGACGGUUGAAUAUAUGAAGGGACCGCCAGCAUUGAAUCAUCAAUUUCAAAAUAAAGACACCGAUGACUCAACCCCAUUCACAAACAAUCAAGCGGUGUCACCAAAAUUUGAAGAGAAAGUUCCUGAUGAUAAAAAAAAUCAAGUUUCUGAAAACUCACGUUCUGACAUUCCUGAGGAGGAUUCGCCAAUUUUACCAGCAAUACCGCAGUCAUCUACUGUUGAAACAGACGCUACUCAACAAGAGACCACAAUCCAACACGAAACUGAAAAUGAAAAUCUGUCUGAAGCAGAAACAGUUAUUUUUCAGGAAGAAGAAAACAAUAUCGUCGAUGAACGAGCCAACGUAAACAAAGAAGUUACGAGAGUACAGUCAGAAGGAUUGAGCCUUAAUAACCAUGUAGAAGAUGCUUCAACUAGAUUCGUAAAGGAUAACCCAACCCAAGAAAACAGAUCAAUGGUCGUAGAAGAAGAGACGAGUGCCGCUGAGAAAGAAGAGGACGCCGACGAAGAAGACGAGGAAGAAGAAGAAGAAGAAAAGGAAUCAGUCUCCGAAGGAAGAGAAUAUAGCAAGAAGAUUGAAACGCGCGGACCUUCUGGAAGGAAGCGACGACGUGUUACUGCGUCCCGUGCCAGGUAUAGUAUUCGUGAUGGCCGAUCGAAACGAAGUUCAACAGCUGAAGGCCAAGAGAGUGGAGCCGAUCCUGAUGGAGAAUCAGCAUAUGACAGUCGGAAUGGAUUUGAACAACCGUCUGAUCAGGAUGCUGAGAAAACGCUGAAACGUAAAGAGGCCUUUGAAGCUUUAUCGGUUUUGCGGAAUCGUAUUUAUGGAAAAAGACUUUUGAGACUUGACGAACAAGAAGAAUUAAUCAGAAACAAAAAACACGAACGAUUCAAUGCAUGUGUUGAUUUGGUUGUAGAACAUAGAAACAAUCGAAUCCAUCGGGCUACUGAACUCCUCAAGAAACAACUGACCGCUAUCCAGAAUAUGAUGAAUUUUGUAUAUUCGCAAAGAAAGUAUCAAUUUCUUUUUGAUAAGCGGAAAGUGAGACAGACGUUAUCUACAAACGUCGCUGCCAAAUUUUAUCGUUUACUGAACAGGCAACAAAUUUCUUAUGAUCCCAUCAUUCAACUUCAGAAGCAGACUUCUUAUCGCCAAAACGCUUUAUUUAAUAAGCAAAGGUUAGAUUAUGAAACAGCGGUUCUUUGUGAGUUGGAUAAUUUUGUCGGAUUCCCAACAGCCCCCAUUAUUGAACAGGCUUCCAUGGAUGAUAUACAACAGGAUUUAAUUGAGAUGGGCGAGUUGUUUGGUAACGAUAGGUAA